AGAGCCUGCACACGCCGGGCUUCCCGCUCCCCGCGCCGUCUUUUUUUGGGGGGCGCCGCGUUUCCGAGGACCGGACCAUGAGCGCGGCCAUGCGCGCCAGCGCCCACGCCCUCCAGCUGGGCCGCGCGCUCGCGGGCCGCUCCCGAUGCCCAGGGGCGGCGCUGCCCCCGAUGGCGCGCGGCCGGGCCACCGCCCUCGGCCCCAUCCUGCCCGUCGGCGAGCUCGAGGAGGCAUGGGCGCGGCUCGAGGAGAGACGGCAAACCCCAGCUCCAUGGAGCUCCUCGAGGCCGCGGAGGGUCGCGCCCGGGAGAAGUACACGCUGCUGCGCCGGACCAGGAGAGCGAGAUGCCGGCGUGGGAGCGCGAGAGCCGCUACCGCCUGAGAGCGUUGCUGCCGCCCGGCGGCCUGACGAGG